AUGUUAUCUGACGAAUGGAAACUUUUAAGAUUAGAAAAUCUUACAUAUGUUAGUGGACAAAGAAUUGAUCAUUUUUGGAGACAAGUAUUUAAUAUGAAAAAUUCUAUGGAUGGACCAAAAUUUCCUUUAAUAACUACUAUUGUAAAAUGUGCUUUGUCUUUAUCUCAUGGAAGCGCAGAUGUAGAAAGAGGGGUUUCAAUUUCUGGUAAAGUAUUAACAGAAGACAAAUCUGCUAUGUCAUGUAAGAUGUUGAAUGCACGUCUUUACAUCAAAGAUGGUUUGCUUAGAUUUAAAAAUAAACCAGAUUUUUGUUCCAAUUACAAAAGAUUUAAUAUGUUCUGCUAG